GGGAAGCCACGUGACCCGCCGCGGUGGACCCAAUCAGCGCGCGUCUCUGCGAGAUUCAAAUAGCAGGCGGCGGUUGGUGUCGUGAGCGCGCAGCCAUGGCGCACAAGCAGAUCUACUACUCGGACAAGUACACGGACGAGCAUUUCGAGUACCGGCACGUGAUGCUGCCCAAGGAGAUCGCGAGAAUGGUUCCCAAGACGCACCUCAUGUCCGAGGCGGAGUGGCGCAGCCUGGGGGUUCAACAGAGCCACGGCUGGAUGCACUACAUGAUCCACGAGCCAGAGCCACACAUUCUGCUCUUCAGGCGGCCGCUACCAAAGAACUAACAGCUGCUCCUGCCGCCGCCAUCGCCACCCGUCCCGUGCGCCCCACUCUAUUUACGGACUCUACUGUGCGACUCGCUGCUGGUGCCUGGGCCACCGCAACUCGGGAGGAAGUGGAAGUGUCGGAGGCCGGCACGAAGCGAGCAAGCACGGAUUCUCGGCGACCCCGAGUCUCUCCCGUCCCCUCCGUCGCCCGCCAGUCAUGAUGAACCAACGUGUAGCCGUCGCGCCGGACGGGAAUCUGCCCCCCCCCCACCUGCCGCUGUGACCCCACAGCCCCCUCGCUGUGGGUAGCGCUGGCGGUGCUGUGGCCCCCUUGAUGGUUUGUUGUGUUCUUCCGCUAGGGUGGCCCCACACACGUCGCUGUUACUUGAACGUCCGAACGCGUUGUUCCCCCCCCCCCCUCCCCUUUCCUCACUGCUUUGUUUGCCGUGCGUGUCGUCGUUCACGCCUGUUUGUCGUUGAGCUGUUCAUGUCGCUCGUUAUCUCGCGUGUCCCGCGCUGGAGGGAAAGCUGCCCUCCCGUGUGACAUUGGGUUGCCCCUCGUCUGCCCUUUGCCGCCUCCCUGUGCUCGCUCGCCGUAACUUUCCCUCCACAUUUCUGCCUUGAGUCGAAGAGAAAUGUGUAUAACACAAUAACCUUUGGGACCACUCGUGACGAGGAAGUGUAUUGUGAUUGAUCAAUAUUACGCUUCUCCGUUGUAAAUUAGUGCUGUGUGUCCUGACAUUGUAGAACGUAUCUUAGUGUUCGGGCUUCUUCCACUGUAGGGUUAGUGCCAACUGUUAAAAAUGUAUAAUUAAUAAAUGUGCAGAUAAGUCA